AAAGUUUUUGUCAGUAUGUAGCAGGAAACGCCACAAGAGGAAAAAGCUACAAGACAGAAUGAAGCCUAAAUCUCUUCUGGAAACAUGGGAUGAAGCGCAGAAUGAGAGCAGAUAUCAGCGGUAUGUUUUCUCAAAGAAAUAUCUGACUUUAGAGGAGAAUGAGAGCCAAGAGAAAGCAAAGGACGAGAAGAAAGCAAAAAAGAAAAAGAGGUACAAGAAAUAUAAAAAGAAUGUGAGGAAGGUGCUGCAUUAUAGCUGGAAGUGUCUGUUGCUGGGACUUCAGAACUUCACAGUGGGAUACUCCACACCCAGCAUGCCCUCCGCAUUCUUCCCCGAGUUCAAAUGAAGCUGAGACAAGACAAGACCAACUCAUUUAUAAGAAGUCAGCUGGCCCAAGCAGAUGAUUCAGAACUCUGUCCUGGAUGGCCUUGAGACUCUUAUUUUGGGAUCCAUUUGGAAAUUUGGAGUAAUCAGGAAACCAGAAAAUGAUAUUGGCUCAUUUUUAGAACUGCAACUUUCACACAAUUAUAAAGGCAUAUUUUGCAAAAUAAAUAAAUAAAUAAAUAAACAAAAGAAAGGGAACCCAGAGGACCUGCUUAAAGGUUUCCCUUAAUAUCUCAAGAGUUUAAACGUGAUUCUCAUUUGUGAUUUAUUUAAGUAUCACUUUGUCACAAAUUAUACUCCUAAAAUUGCUCAGAAGAAAUACAAUAAGACGAAAAAACAUGAGACUUUUCUGAGAUUAAAAUUGUUCCCUGGUUAGUUUAUUGAGUCAAGUGUUGGCUGAAGAUCUGCACAGUAUAAUGAUAUUUGAUUAAAAGGGAAUUCAAAUGUCUUCUCCAAUCACAAUUUUUAAAUGCUUGAUAAAACUUUAUUCUGAAUUUUGCAUUGGUAUACUGCAUUAAAACUUGAUCACAUAAUACAAUCUAAUAAAUAAUAUGGACAAUAAAUACAAUUUUUUUUUUAGCACAAUAAAAUACUUUCAUGUUAAUAUAUAA